AUUUUCUCUAUUGAUACAAUACGCUUUCUUGUAACGAGAGCGGUAAUUUAUGUCGAUGUCUCUAUUUUGAGCUUGUUUUAACGAUUCCUUCCUCCCUCUAUACCUUCUGUUUUCGAGUUGCGCGCAGUAUCAUUCCUAACCUUACUCUCUCUUCCUCUUUCCUUUUUCCGUAUCUCCCGCACUCAUACAUUACGCCCCUUUCCUGUUCCCUCAAAUUUCACACUCACGACCCACCCCCUCCUACACCCUCCCCUUAAAGCCCUUCACGUUUGUCUUUUUAGCGCUUCUUUUCAAUAUCGCUUUUCUCAACUCUCCCUCUCGCUAUCUCUAAACCCGUUCUUCUUUCUUUUACCCUUCCCGCUACAUUUAUUCCACUCCAAUACUUGCAUACACACUUUAUGAUGGAGGCAUGGACCAUCAUUGUCAUUGUCAUCGCCGCUGUGGCAGCAGGCGUGAUCGCCGGUGGACUUGGUGUCUAUGCAGUAACCAAACAUCGGAUUAGCACGGCUGUGGACGACAAGGAGAAGCAGCGCAAGGGAAACAUCGCGCGGUGCCGGGACGUGUACUCGGAAGAGUAUCUGGCACAGUUCACAGAAGCCGACACACAGAUGGCGCGCAAGAUGUCGCAGUCCAAAGAGGGUUUGCGGCUGACGCUGAAGCUGCCUGGUCCGAGUUUCCGUCUGCCCGUGGCGUCGAAGUUGUACGCCUCGCAAUCGCCCCCGUCACUUUCAGGGUCUUGUGCCGUUUCAUUGAAGCGUGACAAUGAAAAGUCGCGCCACCCAACUCUGGCAGGCUUGACGGUCGUUGACCGGAGGCAGGCGGUGCGCGGCGGCUUGGGAAGCAAGCCCGAUGCGGCGAGACAGACGGUGCAGGACGGUAUUGUGAAGCAGCAGCCAUCGAGCCAGGAUGAGGCGAGCGACGACAGCAGCAGCACUAGUGAUUCAGGACCCCUGGCUGACACCGAGGACUCGCAGAAUGACAGAACCAUUGUCGCACGUCCCCGUGUCGAGUGGUCGAAUCCCGUAUCCGACUCUUGUCACGACAGCAUGUCUGAGCAAACCAGUUCACCAGAUGGCCAGCCGGUCAGCCUUGAACCGCUGGAGACCGACUAUGAGGUGGUCGAGGAGUACCCCGAGAACACUGGAAGCCUGGCUAUUACUACAAGUACGUCGACACCGCUUACCCUGGCCAGUCUGCCGCGUGAGAGCGACGAGUUUGUCUUUGUGCCGCCCUCGCCGUCGUGCUCGUCGAUGCUCGAGAUAUCGGUGUCUGACACUCUGGCACACCCGCUACCGGUCACGGCAGCAUUCCGCAACAGCGUGAUAAAGAAGAUGCCCCAUCCGCCAGACCACACGCCGCGCAUCUCCAGCGCACCCUCAUUGUCGAUGGGCACCGAUCGCCGGUCCCUGACACGGAUCCUUAACGAGACGCAGCCCCUGGGCAUCACAAGUGAAGCGUCAGCUGUGUGCUGAUGCAAUGCAUAUUUAACGUAACUUAUUAUUCUUCAUGACCACAAGUACAUAUCCA